CAGCAGUUGUUAAGCCAGAGAGACUGGAGAGAAGGGACACUGCCACCCGCAGCUUCCUGAGCUCACUGCAGCCGGGACAGUGCAGAACUCAGGAAGGGGCCAUCGUUUUCUCCCACCCAGGUCCUAGGGUGGUGACAGGGGGCAGGUGCGGGAAAGUAACCAUGUCCCCUGACUGCCCAUGCUUCUGGGUCCUAGUGAUUCUGGGUUCCAGCGGGGCAGGCUGGGGGAGCCUAGGGGCUGAAGCAGCGCGGCUCAGGCAGUUUUAUGUGGCUGCUCAGAUCAUCAACUGGAGCUACCUCCCUGAGCCCACGAACCCCAGUUUGAAAACUCCUGCAACUUCCUUUAAGAAAAUUGUCUACAGAGAAUAUGAAGCAUAUUUUCAGAAAGAAAAACCACAAUCUAGAACUUCAGGACUUCUUGGGCCUACUUUAUAUGCUGAAGUUGGAGACAUCAUGAAAGUUCACUUUAAGAAUAAAGCAGACAAGCCCUUAAGCAUCCACCCCCAAGGAAUUAAGUACAGCAAAUUCUCAGAAGGUGCUUCUUACCUUGACCACACAUUUCCGGUGGAGAAAAUGGAUGAUGCUAUAGCUCCAGGCCAAGAAUAUAUCUAUGAAUGGAUUAUCAGUGAGGACAGUGGGCCCACACAAGAUGACCCUCCCUGCCUCACACACAUCUAUUACUCCCAUGAAAAUCUGAUACAGGACUUCAAUUCUGGGCUGAUUGGACCUCUGCUUAUUUGUAAAAAAGGCACCCUCACUGAGGAUGGGAUUCAGAAGAUGUACGACAAGCAACAUGUGUUGAUGUUUGCUGUGUUUGAUGAAAGCAAGAGUUGGAGCCAGUCACCAUUCCUAAUGUACACAGUCAAUGGCUAUGUGAAUGGAACCAUGCCAGAUAUAACAGUUUGUGCCUAUGACCAUGUUAGCUGGCAUCUGAUUGGAAUGAGCUCUGCGCCAGAACUCUUCUCCAUUCAUUUCAGUGGGCAGGUCCUGGAGCAGAACCAUCAUAAGAUCUCAGCCAUCACCCUUGUCAGUGCUACAUCCACUACUGCAAACAUGACUAUGAGCCCAGAGGGAAAGUGGAUCAUAUCUUCUCUUAUCCCAAAACAUUUUCAAGCUGGAAUGCAGGUUUCCUUAGACAUUAAGAACUGCCCAAAGAAAACUAGAAAUACUAAGAAACUUACUCGUGACCAGAGGCGGCACAUUAAGAGGUGGGAAUAUUUCAUUGCGGCAGAAGAAGUCAUUUGGGACUAUGCACCUGUAAUUCCAGCAAACAUGGACAAAAAAUACAGAUCUCUGCACUUGGAUAAUUUCUCAAACCAAAUUGGAAAGCAUUAUAAGAAGGUUGUCUACAGACAGUACCAAGAUGCAUCCUUCACCAAACGGCUGGAUAUCAAUGAAGAUGGAAUCUUGGGCCCUAUUAUCAGAGCCCAGGUCAGAGACACACUCAAAAUUGUGUUCAAAAAUAUGGCCAGCCGUGUGUACAACAUUUAUCCUCAUGGAGUGACCUUCUCCCCUUAUGAAGAUGAGGUCAACUCUUCUUCCAACUCAGGCGCUGAUACCAUGAUUAGAGCAGUUCAACCAGGGGAAAACUAUACUUAUAAGUGGAACAUCCUGGAGUCUGAUGAACCCACAGAAAAUGAUGCCCAGUGCUUAACAAGACCAUACUACAGUAAUGUGGACAUCAUAAGGGACAUAGCCUCUGGGCUGAUAGGGUUACUUCUAAUUUGUAAAAGCAGAUCUCUGGACAAGAGAGGCAUACAGAGGACAGCAGACAUUGAGCAGCAGGCUGUGUUUGCAGUGUUUGAUGAGAACAAGAGCUGGUAUAUUGAGGACAACAUCAACAAAUUUUGUGAAAAUCCUGAUAAGGUGAAUCGUGAUGACCCCAAGUUUUAUGAAUCAAACAUCAUGAGCACCAUCAAUGGCUAUGUGCCCGAAAGUAUACCCACACUAGGAUUCUGCUUUGAUGACACUGUCCAGUGGCACUUCUGCAGUGUGGGAACCCAGGAUGACAUUUUGACCAUUCACUUCACGGGGCAUUCAUUUAUCUAUGGAAAGAGGCAUGAGGACACCUUGACCCUCUUUCCCAUGCGUGGGGAAUCUGUGACUGUCACAAUGGAUAAUGUCGGAACUUGGAUGUUAACUACCAUGAAUUCCAAUCAAAGAAGCAAAAAUCUAAGGUUGAGAUUCAGGGAUGUUAAGUGUAUCCGUGAUGAUGAUGAAGACUCAUAUGAGAUUAUAUAUGAACCUUCAGAAUCUACAUCCUUGACUACAAGAAAAAUGCGUGAUUCCUCUGAAAACAAAGAUGAAGAGGAGGAUGAUGACUCUGAAUACCAGGCCAAACUAGCUUCAGAAUUAGGAAUUAGGUCCUUCAGAAAUUCAUCAUUGAAUCAGGAGGAAGAUGAGUUCAACCUUACUGCCCUAGCUCUGGAGGACAGCUCUGAAUUCAUUUCUCCAAGUACUGACAGAGCUAUUGGUUCAAAUUCUUCUCCGCCAAGUAACAUUAGUAGGCUCCAUGGCAAUAACUACACAGAAACUUGGAAAAUUCUUCCUCACCCAGAAGUCACCACAACUGUUCUGGGACACAAUGGCUUAAACAAGAACUCAGUUCUUAACCCUUCCACAGCAGAGCAUUCUAGUCCUUAUUCUGAAGAUCCUAUAGAGGACCCUCUGCAGUCAGAUGUCACAGGAAUAAGCCUACUUCCACCAGGUGCAGAAGGGCUCAGAAGUAAAAAACGUGAUAAACAUAAGGGAUUCAAGGCAGGAAGAGAUCAACCAGUAAAGCAUAGAUCCUCCCAGAUGGAAUUACAUAAAACUGGGAGAUAUUUAAAGAAAGGCAAUACUUCUCCUUCUAGAAAAGUGUCCUUGGAAGACCUACCCAAUAAUCUGUUACUCUUGAAACAAAAAAAUCCAUCAAAGAUUUUGAAUGGAAAGUGGCAUUUGAUUUCUGAGAAAGGUAGCUAUGAAAUAGUACAAGAAAAUGAUGAAGACAAUACGACUGUUAAUAAACUGUUGAAUAAUCCACAGAAUGCCUCAAGGACUUGGGAAGAAAGCAUUCCUCUUACAAAUAAGCAUGAAAAGCAGAGUGAUCAUCCAAAAUUUUCUGGAAUUAAGCAUAAAUCUCUACAAGUAAGACGGGAUGGAGGAAAUGGUAGGUUGAAGAAAAGCUCUUUUUUCAUUAAGACACGAAAAAAGAAAAGGGAAGAGAAGUUUGCACAGCAUGUUCCUCUAUCUCCAAGGGGUUUUCAUCCUUUAAGUGGAAAGACUAACAUCACAUUUUCAGACAAGAGACUUGAUCAUUCAUUGUUACUCCAUAAAUCCAAUGAAACAUCCUUUCCCAUAGAUCUCAAUCAGACAUUCUCCUCCAUGAACCUUAGCCUGAUAGCCUUACUUCCUGACCAUAAUCAGAACUCCUCAAAUGACACUGGUCAGACAAGCUCCCCUCCAAAUCUUUAUUUAAACAUGCCCACCAAGGAACACUAUCAAACAUCACCUGUUCAAGAGUCUGAUCAAAUGUACUCCACCACAGACUUCAGUCACGGUUCUUCAGAGUUCAGUCGGAUGCUUGACUAUGACAUUGGUCAAGUGUUCCCUUCCUUGGAACUUGAAGCCUGGAAGAUAACCAUCUCACCAGACCUUAGUCAGUCAAACCCUUCCCCAGACCCUCAGCAGAUGCCUUUUCCACCAGACCUCAGCCAGGAGACAUUCUCUCCAGACCUCAACCAGACAACCUCUUUCCCAGAUCUCAGCCAGGAGACUCUCUCUCCAGACCUUGACCAGACAACCUCUUUCCCAGACCUCACACAGGAGACUCUCUCUCCAGACCUUUCCCAGACAACCACUUCCCCAGAACUCAGCCACGUGACUCUCUUUCAAGACCUCAGCCAGACAACCCCUCCCCCAGAUCUCAGCCAGGAGACUCUCUUUCUAGACGUUGGCCAGACAACUUCUUCCCCAGACCUCAGCCAAGAAACUCUCUCUCAAGAUCUCAGCCAAACAGCUGUAUUCCCACACCUCAGCCAGACCACUCCUCAUCCAGACCUAGGUCAAGCAAUCCUCUCUGCAGAUAUCAGUGAAACAACCCUUCCUCCUGAUGUCAGGCAAACUUCACCUCCUCCCAAAGUUGAUCAUACAUUCGACACUUCUGAAUCUAGUCAUUCAUUGCUUCUUCCAGAAUUUGGUCAGACUUUCCCUUAUUCAGACCUUGAUCAGAUUCCAUCUCCUUCACCCAAUGACACUAUAUCAAGGGAAUUGAAUCCACGGGUUGUAGUUGGCCUCAGUGGAGAUGAUGGAGAUUAUAUUGAGUUUAUUCCAAGGCAAAAGGAACAGAGUAGUGAAGAAGACUAUGUUGAAAUUGACUAUGUGGCCUAUGAUGACCCUUACCAAACUGAUACCAGGACAGACAUCAACUCCUCCAGGAAUCCUGACAACAUUGCAGCAUGGUAUCUCCGCAGCAACAAUGGAAACAGAAGAAAUUAUUACAUUGCAGCCGAAGAAAUAUUGUGGGAUUAUUCAAAAUUUGCACAAAGUGAAAUGUAUAAUGAAGAUGCUGGUGAUAUUCCAAAGAAUACCAUAUAUAGGAAAGUUGUUUUUCGGAAGUACCUUGAUAACUCUUUUACCAGACGUGAUCCUCAAGGGGAAUAUGAAGAGCACCUUGGCAUUCUUGGUCCUAUUAUUAGAGCUGAAGUGGAUGAUGUUAUCCAAGUUCGUUUUAAAAAUUUAGCAUCCAGACCAUAUUCUCUUCAUGCCCAUGGACUUUCCUAUGAAAAAUCAUCGGAGGGAAAGACAUAUGAUGAUGAUUCUCCUGAAUGGUUUAAAGAAGAUAAUACCAUCCAGCCAAACAGCAGCUAUACAUAUGUAUGGCAUGCCACUGAGAGAUCAGGACCAGAAAAUCCUGGCUCUGCCUGUCGGGCCUGGGCCUACUACUCAGCUGUGAACCCGGAAAAGGAUAUCCAUUCGGGUUUGAUAGGUCCCCUUUUGAUCUGCCGAAAAGGAACACUUCAAAAGGAGAACUACAUGCCUACAGACAUGAGAGAAUUUGUCUUACUUUUUAUGGUCUUUGAUGAAAAGAAGAGCUGGUACUUUGAAAAGAAGCCCCAGGGGUCUCGGAGACGUAUGUCCUUGGAAGAAAAAAACUCCCAUGAGUUUCAUGCCAUUAAUGGAAGGAUCUACAAUGUGCCUGGCCUGCGAAUGUAUGAGCAAGAGUGGGUGAGAUGGCACCUGCUGAACAUCGGCAGCUCCCAAGACAUUCACGUGGUUCACUUCCAUGGCCAGACGCUGCUGGAAAAUGGCACUCAACAGCACCAGCUAGGGGUCUGGCCCCUCCUGCCUGGUUCAUUUAAAACUCUUGAAAUGAAGGCAUCAAAACCAGGCUGGUGGCUCCUAGACACACAGGUUGGAGAAAACCAGAAAGAAGGGAUGCAAACACCAUUUCUCAUCAUAGACAAAGAAUGUAAGAUGCCAAUGGGGUUGAGCACGGGUACUGUAACUGAUUCACAGAUCAAGGCUUCUGAGUAUUUGAGUUAUUGGGAGCCCAAAUUAGCAAGAUUAAAUAAUGGAGGAUCAUAUAAUGCUUGGAUUGCAGAAAAAUCUUCAACAGAUUAUGUCUCUACACCUUGGAUCCAGGUGGACUUGCAAAGGGAAGUCUUACUCACAGGGAUUCAGACCCAAGGUGCCAAACACUAUCUGAAGUCCUACUAUACCACUGAGUUUACUGUGGCUUACAGCUCUGAUCAGUCAAAUUGGAGGAUCUUCAAAGGGAAUAGCACAAAGAAUGUGAUGUAUUUUGACGGUAAUUUUGAUGCCUCUACAGUAAAAGAGAAUACAUUUGAUCCCCCUUUUGUGGCUAGAUAUAUUAGGAUCUCUCCAACUAGAUCCUAUAACAGACCUACCCUUCGACUGGAGCUGCAAGGUUGUGAGGUUAACGGAUGUUCUACACCACUUGGUAUGGAAAGUGGAAAGAUAGAAAACACGCAAAUCACAGCUUCCUCAUUUAAAAAAUCUUGGUGGGGAGAUUACUGGGAACCUUUCCGUGCCCGUCUUAAUGCCCAGGGCCGUGUGAAUGCCUGGCAAGCCAAGGCAAAUAAUAUCAAACAGUGGUUACAAAUUGAUCUGCUCAAAAUCAAGAAGAUAACUGCAAUUGUAACCCAGGGUUGCAAGUCUCUGUCCUCUGAAAUGUAUGUGAAGAGCUAUACCAUCCAGUACAGUGACCAGGGAGUGGAAUGGAAACCUUAUAGGCAGAAAUCCUCCAUGGUGGACAAGAUUUUUGAAGGAAACAGUAAUACUAAAGGACAUGUGAAGAAUUUUUUCAACCCACCAAUUAUUUCCAGGUUUAUCCGCAUCAUUCCUAAGACAUGGAAUCAAAGUAUUACCCUUCGACUAGAACUCUUUGGCUGUGAUAUUUACUAGAAUUGAAUAUUCAAAAAGAUAGGAGGGGUCCUUAAAUAUAAAAACCAUUUAGAGUGGGCAAUGUAUUUUAUAGCUAUUUCAAAUGUUAAUGAUUUUCUACUAUUUCCUUUAUUUUCUAUAGGAGAAUGAAAUUUUAUAUAUGAAACUUUUAUAAUGCAACUCCUUGCUACCAUUAGGCGAGGCAGUACUAUUACUCCUACAUUAACUUGAAAAUACAUGGGAAAGGAUUAAGAACCAACAAGAAAAUGGCUCUUCUUCCACAAUGAUGAAGUAUAUUGUGUAAAGUAAGACUCAUGUAGUUAGCAUGCUUCAUUACCAUUCUUUUAAAUUUCAUUCACAUUAAUAAAAAGAUUACAUUGACCUGGCUAGCUUUCACUGCUACAUUUCUUUGAAAGAACUAUGAUUUUAAAGUAAAGAAAGGGGCCUCCCGGGUGGCGCAGCAAGUUGAGCGCUGUGCUUUGAAGCUGUCCACAACCUCUGUAGCGUGGGUUCGAUUCCCGGCCAGCCGGGGUGAAACCCACAUGGUGUGGCAGACCUCUUCUGCCUCACCCACUGCUCCCCUCAGAAGUGUCUUUGGUCCAUCUGCCUGUUCUGCUCCCCGCUCUCUCUGGUGAAUUCUCUCACCCUCCCAUGCCUCUGACCUGUACCCCAGUUCUUGUGUAAAUACUCUUAAAAAAAAUAAAGAAA